AUGGUAAAGCUUGCAAUUGUUGGAAGGUUAAGUGAUGGUCUGUGUCUUGCAAAAGGACCUUCUUCUUUGAAUGAAGAACAUGAAAACUUCUCAUUUUACAAGAGACAGGGGGAGUUCAUACUCGGAGAAAUCUCAAGAGGAGCCUUGCCUCCUUCCAAGAUGACCAUUCGUGCCGAUCAUCACUGCUUUAACUACAUGGUCGAGAAUGGAAUUGCCUUCAUCACACUCUGCGACUCUUCAUAUCCAAGAAAACUAGCUUUCCAUUAUCUACAAGAUUUGCAAAAGGAAUUUGAAAACUUUGAUAGUAGCCUCAUUAAGAAAGUCACAAGACCAUACUGCUUUGUCAAAUUCGAUGGUGUGAUUGGGAAUAUUAGAAAGCAAUACAUUGAUACAAGAACACAAGCUAAUCUGUCAAAGCUUAAUGCUAACCGGAAACAAGAUUUAGACAUUGCUACUGAAAAUCUUUCUGAAAUCAUAGAGAGAUGGAGAUAUUCAGAAAUAUUGGAAAGACCGUCGACUAGUACUUCACAAGCUGUUUCACCUAUUUGGUGUUCGCCACGCCUUGAGGUGAUCGCAAUGAAAUGGACGCCUAUCACAGUCACUAUUUUUGUUGUCACUGUUGUUCUUUGGGCCACCAUAAUCCAUGCAGACGACAAUUUCAUAAUUUUAAACUAA